AUGGCAGCUGUAGACAUAACACCUCAGGUCGAUAGACCUUCUAACACAUGCACGAUUGCUGAAUAUCUUGUCACCCGUAUUGACCAACUCGGUGGCGGUGGGCAGCAACCAAUUUUUGGUGUUCCAGGUGACUUCAACUUGGGACUUCUUGAUUACUUUGAAGAGCACCCACGCCUUAACUGGAUUGGAAACACAAAUGAACUCAAUGCUGCAUAUGCUAGUGAUGCAUAUGCGAGAACGUGUAAGAAUAUGGCCACACUCAUUACGACGCAGGGUGUCGGUGAGCUUAGCGCAAUCAACGGCGUUGCUGGGAGUAUGGCUGAGCGACUUCCGAUCUUCCACAUUGUCGGCGUGGCGGCAACAUCUGUAAUGAAGAGCAGCAAGGUGCUCCAUCAUACGCUUGCAUCUACCGAUUCCUCGUACUCGGCUUUCGCAAACACAGCACGUGAAAUUACGUCAGCCCAAGCUCUUCUUAGUUCGAGCGAGGGCGCUGGCGGGGAAAUAGACAGACUUAUCGUUCACGCUAUCUCCAAUUGCAAACCUGUUUACCUCACUCUUCCAAGCGAUCUCGUCAAGUCUCAGAUUCCUGCUGCACCACUCAAAACUCCUUUGCCAAGCGCUCAUGAAAUCAGAGGUCUUGUUGAAGCUCACUCCUCCGUUUUCGCUGACGAGUCGGAGAAGCAAAAGGCAUACGAUGCUGUUGUAGAGGAGAUUGUUAAGCUGUUCAAAGAAUCUAAGAACCCUGCCGUUGUUGUCGACGCUUGUGCUCUCAGGUACGGAGUGGAGGCGCAAGCACAGGCUCUGGUCGAAAAGGGCAACAUGAUAUUUUUUGACACCCCUAUGGGUAAGGGUGCGAUUGAUGAAUCCCACUCACAUUUCGGUGGUACUUACAUUGGGGCUCUUUCGAACCCGGUCGAGACUAAAGAGCUCGCUGAAGCUAGUGAUCUUGUGAUCAACGUUGGUGCACUCUCAUCAGACUUUAACACUGGUAGUUGGAGUGGGAAUUUGAAGGAGAAGAAGUCGAUAGAGCUACACUCAGACCAGACUGUAAUUGGUUAUGCUAGAUACCCAGGUGUUCCUAUGAGAGUAGUCAUUCCAAAGCUGGCUGAAGCACUACGCAAGAUAGCCAAGCCAGACCCAACCAAGUCUGAGAAGUUUAUCGCUGCUAAGAAAGCCCGUGAAGUGAAGAAUGUCAAAAUUCUUGAAGAAAGCAAGGGUAAUCUCAACUCACCAAUCACACAUGACUGGUUUUGGCCAAGAUUUGGAGAUUUCUUCAACACUGGAGAUGUCAUUCUCACAGAAACUGGUACAAGUUCGUUUGGUAUACUUGAUGUUACUUUGCCAGACAAAGCUACAGCUAUUUCGCAAGUGCUUUGGGGCUCGAUUGGAUACUCACUACCAGGGACAUUAGGUGCUGCUAUCGCAGCUCGCGACCAAGGAAGGCGCACGGUGCUGUUUAUCGGUGAUGGUAGUCUCCAACUCACAAUUCAAGAGUUAGCGACAAUUAUAAGGCUUGGACUUAAGCCAAUAUUGGUGGUCUUAUCCAACGAUGGCUAUGAAAUUGAGCGCAAAAUACACGGGGAAACUGCAGCAUACAAUGAAAUUGCUCACAUUGAUCAUCAAAUGCUGUUGAAGACCUUCUCGCCACCAGCUGGUUCGAAGCAAAAACAAGCUGAGCAUAAAAGCAUCCAAGUCAAGACUAGGGCUGAGUUGGAUGAGGUUUUGAAUGACAAGAACUUUGCAAAUGCAUCCAAACUCACUUUAUUAGAAGUUGUGAUGCCUCGCGGUGACUGUCCGCUUGCUCUCACCAAACAGGCUGAGAUGAGUGCCAAGAUUAAUGGUUAG